GUGUGUUUGGUGCAUGCUGAUUAACUACAGAAAAAGAGAAAAAUCAUACACAUGGUAAAUAUUCCAAAAAUGAUAGUAAAGGGUACAGGACAUUAUCUCUAAUUUGCAAUAUGCUUUUUUGUUAAAAGAAUAAAAGUUUCAGGAAAGAGUUUAACAUGAAUCAAUAAACGCAGAGAUUUGUAUAGCGUUAAUUUGUCCAACCACGCGUGUUGUCAUGAGUUUUGUAGCUCUGGUUAACUGCAGGACAGCAGCAGUCCGGUGUUUCUGUAGCAAAGCUGCUGGUCAUUGCAGAAAAUUCAGCGAUCAUGUUCAGAAACCGGAUCAAUCUCAGCCGUCACCCGGAGCGAGAGAAGAGAAAGCAGUGGAGGAGAGACAGAGGGUAAGGAAACCCCCGGGGGAAGUGUCCGUGCUGCUGUUCCCCGGACAGGGCAGUCAGUUCGUGGGCAUGGGCAGAGGACUGCUCAAGUAUGGCAACGUGAAGGACAUGUUCACUGUGGCUGAGAAAGUGCUGGGUUAUGACCUUCUCUCACUGUGCUUAAACGGACCCGAGGAGGAUCUGAUGAAGACUGUGCAUUGUCAACCGGCUGUAUUUGUCACCUCUUUAGCUGCUGUGGAAAGACUGAAUCAUGAAAACCCUGCUGCGAUAGAGAACUGUGUUGCUGCUGCUGGUUUUAGUGUUGGGGAGUUUGCUGCUUUGGUAUUCUCAGGUGCAAUGGACUUUGCUGAAGCCCUUUUCGCAGUGAAAGUUAGGGCAGAAGCCAUGCAGAAAGCCUCCGAUGCAACCCCAAGUGGAAUGUUAUCUGUAAUUGGUAGACCUCAAGCCAAUUACAACUACGCCUGCCUUCAAGCUAGACAGCACUGUCUGUCUCUGGGUAUACAGAAUCCUGUUUGCUCCAUUGCAAACUACUUGUUUCCAGAUGGGAGGGUCAUUGCUGGGCAUCUUGAGGCAUUGGACUACAUCCAGAAAAACUCAAAACAGCUGCACUUUGCCCGGACAAAGCUGCUGCCAGUAAGCGGGGCUUUCCACACAGACCUGAUGGAGUCGGCCGUGCAGCCUCUGAGCGACGUGCUACGUCAGUUAGAGGUGCGCCGGCCUGAGAUCGCUGUCCACUCAAACGUCGACGGAAAACGUUACAUGCAAGAAAAACAUGUGCAGAAGCAGCUGGUCAAGCAGCUGGUGUCACCGGUGAAGUGGGAGCAGACAAUGCAUGAGAUUUAUGAGCGGACACGGGGCCAGGAAUUUCCUCACACGUAUGAGGUGGGACCUGGGAGACAACUGGGGGCUACGCUGCAGAAGUGCAACAUGAAGGCCUUUAAGAACUACACACACAUUGAUGUGGCUCUUCCACAAGAUGACUGAGACAUUUAGGAAACGGCAGUGAAAUAGAACAAUGAGAUUUUCCCAUUUGCCGCACUCUCUUACCGGGUUCGGAUAUUCCAGAUCAUUCUGUUAGGUUUUCAGAAUUCACUAAAAUUGUCUGUUAGCUUGCUUCACUUCUUGAAGUCUUAUCAGUUUAAAUUACGAUGUGUUUAUCUGCAUUUGUGACAAAAUGGUGUGAAAUAUUUAACUUGAAGAAAGACAGAAAUAAAUGUCAAGAUGUUUUUUAUAAUGUUUUUCAAACGCUGGAAUAAAAAACACAACUGAA